AUGGCUGCCGGUAGGCUGCUGCUCUACACCGGCCUCUUGCUGGCGCUCUGCGCCCUCGGCAUGCUGGCUGUGGCCAUCUGCUCCGACCACUGGUACGAGACGGACGCGCGCAAGCACCGCGACCGCUGCAAGGCCUUCACCACGCGCCGCGUGGACCCGGGCUUCAUCUACAACAACAACAACAACCUGCCGCUGCGAGCCAGCCGCGCGCGCCUAGACCGCUGGGAGGGCAAGCUACUGCGCGCCCGCAACCGCCGCCAGCUCUUCGCCAUGAGUCCCGCGGACGAGUGCAGCCGCCAAUACAACUCCACCAACAUGGGCCUCUGGAGGAAGUGCCACCGCCAGGGUUUCGAUCCCGACAUCGCAGCGCUCAUCCGCAAAGGAGAGCUUGAGCGGUGCACAUAUAUCAAGUACCACUACUCCUCAGCCACCAUCCCCAGGAACCUCACCUUCAACAUCACGAAGACCAUCCGUCAGGACGAGUGGCAUGCUCUGCACCUGCGCAGAAUGACGGCUGGCUUCAUGGGCAUGGCGGUGGCCAUCAUCCUCUUCGGCUGGGUCAUCGGGGUGCUAGGCUGCUGCUGGGACCGGGGCCUUAUGCAGUACGUGGCCGGACUGCUCUUCCUCAUGGGAGGAACCUUCUGCAUCAUCUCACUGUGCACCUGCGUAGCCGGGAUCAACUUUGAGCUGUCACGUUACCCGCGUUACCUGUAUGGACUGCCCGACGACAUCAGUCACGGCUAUGGAUGGUCCAUGUUCUGUGCGUGGGGAGGCCUGGGUCUCACUCUCAUUUCGGGCUUCUUCUGCACCUUGGCCCCUUCUGUCCAACCUGUCCCGAGGACCAACUGCCCUAAAUCCAGACCUGAGAAUGGGACAGUGUGCUAA